UUUGCACCGGCCGUGCGUGCGUUACCGGAGCCCGGACAAGCUGCGGCAGGCAUCACCGCUGACUGGAAGCUCCACGGCAGACAGACCACCUUGAAGAUAAUCCAGUGGCGGUUCAGAUUUCCACGUCUUCAGAGCUUUUCCUUGCGUCGAUACUCCGCUCGGCUCAGUUCUGCUGCCUCAGGUUCGAAGACGCUGAUAUCUGGCUUUCGGUGUGACCAGCGCCUACAGACACCACUCAGGUCAAGCAUCACCUGGAAUCCAAGCGAGGCUGACAGAGGGAGGUGAAGUGGGAAGCAUGAGUUCGUGCAGCGCAGAUGUUAAGGAAAAUCGCAACUUGGACAACCUCUUCUCCAAAGAGGGGGUGGCAGCUGAGGCUGUCCACGUGCCCAAUGGGAACGCUGGGGGUGGGAGGAAACGCCCCUUAGAGGAGGGCAAUAACGGGCACGUGCAUUCCAAGUACAGGCCCAAGAAGCGCAAGAAAGCGCCGGGGCCCGUCCUGCCCAAAAACGCCCUCAUGCAGCUGAACGAGAUCAAGCCGGGCCUCCAGUACAAACUCCUGUCGCAGACCGGCCCUGUCCACGCGCCCGUCUUCGCCAUGACGGUGGAGGUCAACGGGCAGCUCUUCGAGGGCUCAGGUCCCACCAAGAAGAAAGCCAAGCUCAGCGCGGCCGAGAAGGCCCUACGCUCGUUUGUCCAGUUCCCCAAUGCGUCCGAAGCCCACAUGGCCAUGGGCCGGACCCUGGCGGUGCACACGGACUUCACCUCCGACCACGCCGACUUCCCGGACGUGCUCUUCAACGCCUUCGAGACGUCGGCGCCGGUCGACGACCCUUUCUAUCUGACCUCCAACGGUAACGGCUCUUUCGGUCCACUGGGGAUCGAGUACCCGUUGCUCCCUUCGCCGCUGCCAAACCCGAUCCAGGUCCCCUUACCCCCCUCGGCGCCCUCGGCCGCCUCCGUCCCCUCCCCCGCCGGUGGAAAGAACCCGGUCAUGAUCCUGAACGAGCUGCGGCCGGGCCUCAAGUACGACUUUGUGUCUGAGAGCGGCGAGAGCCACGCCAAGAACUUCGUCAUGUCUGUGACGGUCGACGCCCAGCGCUUCCAGGGUUCGGGUCGAAACAAGAAGCUGGCGAAGGCGCGCGCGGCCCAGGCGGCGCUGUCGGCCCUGUUCAACAUGCAGCUGGACCAGGCCCCGUCCAGGCAGCCCAUCCCCAGGGAAGGACUGCAGCUGCACCUGCCGCAGGUUCUGGCCGACGCCGUUUCUCGUCUGGUCGUGGACAAAUUCAGCGAGCUGACCGACAACUUCACGUCUCCACACGCCAGGCGGAAAGUUUUGGCAGGUGUUGUCAUGACAACAGGUACAGAUGUGAAGGAGGCCCAGGUGAUCUGUGUGUCCACUGGGACCAAAUGCAUUAACGGUGAAUACAUGAGCGACAGAGGGUUAGCUCUGAACGACUGCCACGCUGAGAUCGUAGCACGACGCUCACUCAUCAGGUUCCUGUACUCACAACUGGAACACUUCCUAAGUAACACCGAGGAAGAACACCAGAAGUCCAUCUUCAGCAGGUGUGACAGCAGAGCUGGUUUUGUCCUGAAGGAAAACGUCCAGUUCCAUCUUUACAUCAGUACGUCCCCCUGUGGAGACGCCCGCAUAUUCUCCCCACACGAGGCCGGAGUGGAGGACCAGGGGGACCGACACCCCAACAGAAAGGCUCGUGGGCAGCUCCGGACCAAGAUCGAGUCUGGGGAGGGAACCAUCCCGGUGCGUUCCAGUAACACCAUCCAGACCUGGGACGGCGUUCUUCAGGGAGAGAGGCUGCUCACCAUGUCCUGCAGCGACAAAAUCGCAAGGUGGAACGUGGUUGGAUUCCAGGGUUCUCUGAUGAGCUACUUCUCGGAGCCGGUCUACUUCUCCAGUAUCAUCCUGGGCAGCCUGUACCACGCAGACCACCUGAGCAGAGCCAUGUACCAGCGGAUCACCGACGUGGAGGACCUGCCUCCGUCCUUCAGCCUGAACAGACCCCUCCUCAGCGGAAUCAGUAACGCAGAAGCCCGUCAGCCCGGAAAAGCGCCCAACUUCAGCGUCAACUGGACCGUAGGAGACCAGGCCCUGGAGGUCAUCAACGCCACCACGGGCAAAGACGACCUGGGACGACCCUCCAGGCUCUGCAAGCACGCCCUGUACAGCCGAUGGAUGCGCCUGCACUCCAAGCUGUCGUCCACUCUGCGGAUCCGGACGUCCAGCCCCAGCAGCUACCACGAGGCCAAGCAGGCGGCGCUGGAGUACCACGCCGCCAAACAGACGCUGUUCCGAGCCUUUCACAAAGCCGGCCUGGGCGCCUGGGUCAAGAAACCCAUAGAGCAGGACCAGUUUGCACUGACCACCUGAGCCGGUCCAGGUCCGGACCUGUCGGACGCUGGCUUUACUGUGUCACACUCUGUCGGUGGAAGCGUUACCUUCAGGUCCGUCAGGUGAUGAUGUGGGAUGUUUGUGGGAAGGAGGAGCCACCGAAUCCAGAUGUCAAACCCACGGAGUCUACGUCCCACCUUCAGUUUCUAGCCUCAUGCCAGCAGCGCACACAGAAGAUUAUUAUUAACCCUUAGAUGCACCAGGGUCUGGA